CUGGUUGUCUGCAAGCAAAGAUGGCGGUGCGGAAGAAAGACGGCGGCCCGAAUGUAAAAUAUUUCGAAGCGUCUGAUACCGUCUCUCAGUUUGAUAAUGUCCGCGUGUGGCUGGGAAAGAAUUAUAAAAAGUACAUCCAGGCCGAGCCUCCCACCAACAAGUCUCUAUCCAGCCUAGUGGUCCAGCUGCUCCAGUUCCAGGAGGAGGUGUUUGGUCGACAUGUCAGCAACCCCCCACUCACCAAACUGCCUAUGAAGUGUUUCCUGGACUUUAAGUCAGGUGGCGCUCUCUGCCACAUACUGGCUGCUGCCUACAAGUUCAAGAGUGACCAAGGAUGGCGCAGGUUUGACUUCCAGAAUCCGUCAAGAAUGGACCGAAAUGUGGAGAUGUUCAUGACCAUCGAGAAGUCGGUAGUGCAGAACAACUGCCUGACUAGACCUGUCAUCUACCUGAGCUCUGACAUAGAACCAAAACUGCUGGGGAAACUAAAAGACAUCAUCAAAAGACAUCAGGGCUCGGUGACUGAGGACAAGGCCUCCAGCUCCCAUGUUGUUGUGCCUAUUCCUACCAGUCUGGAGGAAGAGGAGUGGGUGCGGCCCGUGAUGAAGAGAGAUAAACAAGUGCUGCUCCAUUGGGGAUAUUUUCCUGACAGUUACGACACCUGGAUUCCAGCCAGUGAGAUAGAGGCUGCUGUGGAGGAUCCUCCCAGUCCAGAAAAGCCCAGGAAGGUUCAUGCCAAGUGGAUUUUAGACCUGGACCAGUACAAUGAGUGGAUGAAUGAAGAGGACUAUGAAGUGGGCGAUGGCUGCCCUAAGAGGAAGAGGAUCUCCGCCAAGACCCUGACAGAUGAGGUGACCACUCCUGACGAGCGGCGAGACAAGAAGCCCAGCAGUGCCAAGAAGAGGAAGCGCUCGCCGUCGCCCUCCCCCACCCCUCCCCCUCAGGAAAGCAAGAAGAAAAAUACCAAGAAGGGACCAACAACCCCGUACACCAAGUCUAAACGGGGUCAGAGGGAGGAGGAACAGGAAGAUCUUAGUAAGGACUUAGAUGAAGCGUCACCAGUUCCAGCAUCUGAGGAGGGAAACUCGGCUAAAACAAGUAACACUAAGAAAGACUCUGAUUCAACUCCAGUCAAAGGUGGGACCGAUAUGGACGAGCAAGAAGAUGAAUCUAUGGAAAUAACAGGCAAGGAGGAGGAGGAAGGUUCUCCGAGUGUGAAGGGUGAACCCGUGAAAGGCUCAGACCUUCACGAGGAUAAUGUGACUGAACAAACCCACCACAUCAUCAUACCGAGCUACGCUGCCUGGUUUGACUACAACAGUGUUCAUGCCAUUGAGCGCAGAGCCCUGCCAGAGUUUUUCAAUGGAAAGAAUAAAUCCAAAACCCCUGAGAUUUACCUGGCAUACCGGAACUUCAUGAUUGACACCUACCGACUGAACCCUCAGGAGUACCUCACCUCCACCGCCUGCCGCAGGAACUUGGCAGGAGAUGUGUGUGCAAUCAUGAGGGUCCACGCCUUCUUGGAACAGUGGGGUUUGAUCAAUUACCAGGUGGACUCUGAGAGCCGGCCUACACCCAUGGGUCCUCCACCGACUUCUCACUUCCACGUCCUGGCAGACACUCCGUCCAGUCUGGUGCCCCUGCAGCCCAAGACAUCCCAGACUCCUGCCACCCAGCAGAUGAUUCCCUUCCCAGAGAAAGUAAAGGAGAAACCUGCAGAUCUGCAAAACUUCGGGCUGCGGACUGACAUGUACAAUAAGAAGACCGGCUCUGUAAAGAGCAAGAGUGCAGCAAGCUCCAUGAGGGAUUGGACAGAGCAAGAAACACUACUACUACUAGAGGGCCUGGAGAUGUAUAAGGACGACUGGAACAAAGUGUCGGAACAUGUGGGCAGCCGUACGCAGGACGAGUGUAUCCUGCACUUCCUGCGUCUGCCCAUUGAAGACCCCUAUAUAGAGGACAGCUCUUCAACCCUGGGACCACUGGCCUUCCAGCCGAUACCCUUCAGCCAGGCAGGAAACCCUGUCAUGAGCACGGUGGCCUUCCUUGCCUCUGUAGUUGAUCCACGUGUGGCCUCAGCUGCAGCUAAAUCUGCUCUGGAGGAGUUUUCUCGUAUGAAAGAGGAAGUUCCUGCCGCUCUGGUUGAGGCUCAUGUGCGACGGGUGGAGGAGGCAGCGAGGGCCAGCGGACGCCAGGAUCCUCUGUACGGCCUGGAGGGCAGCGGCAUCGCAGGCACUGGCCUGGAGGAGGGAGACAGACUCGAGGAAAGCACUGAUGAAAGCAAGAGUGACAACCAAUCAAGUGAAGAGAAGAAAGAGGCCAAGGACAGCAAAGAAGGAGCUGCUGAAGAAGUAGAAAAGCAGGCAGAAAAUGGAAAGAAGGAAGAAGAGAGAGGAAGAGAACCUGAAGGAGAGAGGGAGGCAGACAAGGCAGAGUCAGAGAUGGGAGAUGGGGAGAAGGAGAAGGAGGGAAAAGAGGGAACAGAGGAAGCACAAAGAGAAGGAGAGAGUGAAGGAGAGAGGAAGGCCAAGGUAGAGCGUGAUGUUGGAGAGGGCAACUUGGCCACUGCUGCUGCAUCUGCACUCGCUGCUGCUGCUGUCAAAGCCAAGCACCUGGCUGCAGUGGAAGAAAGGAAGAUCAAAUCUCUUGUAGCUCUGCUGGUGGAAACACAAAUGAAGAAGCUGGAGAUUAAACUGCGACACUUUGAAGAACUCGAAACCAUCAUGGACAGAGAGAGAGAGGCUUUGGAGUACCAGCGGCAGCAGCUGCUGGCCGACCGUCAGUCUUUCCACAUGGAGCAGUUGAAAUACGCUGAGAUGAGGGCUCGCCAGCAGCACUUCCAGCAGAUUCACAACCAGCAGCACAGCCAGACAGGGGGCGCUCAUUCCAACCAGGCAUCCUCAGCCGUGCCACCCCAGAGCCUGGCAGCGAAUCAGCAAGCUCCUAGCACACCAGCACCACAGCCAGCCGCCAGCCCCGCACCGCCAGCCGCCACAGCCCCGCCUCCUGAGUCCCAACCACCUCAGGCUGCUAACACCUCGCCACCCCGCCCCCCAAGCCAGGCUCCAGCUUCCCACUCCAGCUCCACCCCUGCACCCGUACUUCAUGAGCCCACUGCCCCUCUCUCUGGGGAAACACUCCACCCUGCAGCUCCAGUUCCCCCUCCACAGUGAGAGUUCAGUACAUUUCCCGAGAAUCCGAAUGACUCUGACCACUUUGAAUCCUGCCUGUAUCACCUGAAAUGAAAAAGUCGUAAAAACCGGAAAGGUUUUUUUUCCUAUCAGGACAAUUGAUGUGAAAAAGAAAAACAGUAACAUCUUAAUCAAAUCACCUCUACAUUGACUGAACAGUUGAAAAAGAAAGUCCUUUGCGAAUUGAAUGGGUCAGUGAAGAUAACUAGAUUUUCAUACUCAUACGGAAGCUGUUCAUCCUGUGAUCAACUGGACAGCAACAUCUCACUUCAUUGUUUUAAGCUUCACUCCAGAAAUCUGGUAAAUGAAGAGUCGUACCAACAUGCUGGCACUCAAGGAGAAAAAAAAAAAAAAGACUCAUCUUGUGUUUUCAGUGUUUUGGAAGUUGUUGCAUUUAUCACAGCUCAUGCUUCAUAUUCUCUCCAGAGUUCUCCCCUCGUAAAUGUAGGUACUAAUUAAAAUAUUAUGUAAGAAGAAAAUGCACUUUUAAUGUUUCCUUAGGUCUCGCUGAAAGACUUGAAGCAUCCAUGAAAUUGAACUUUAGCACUUACAUUGUCCUUCUUUUGUCUUAAAUACGUUUUCAUACUGAAAACUUUGGAAACUUGAUUGGGAAUGUUUACUUUUUCCUCUCAAUUUUUUUAUUUGUGUCACAUGGACAACAGUGACUCUACGGGGUUUUGCCUGAAGGUCACAUAAAAAAAAAAAACAAUGUCUCUUUCCAGAGAGACGUCUAAAGUGAACGAAAAAUAUCGAAAUCAGAAGCGAGUCAGAAAUUACAUGACGUUUGUUUGGAUCUAGUUUGAAGAAGAUGUACUGUAAACUGAAUUAUCUGUUACAAAAACACCUUUUGUUGCCCUGUAAGGAAAAAAAUAUGGGAACUACUUACUGACAGUGUUAGGUCUUGAAAAGACCAUGUUUUCAUUAUCUGUAUGAUGCCCCUUUUCCACAGCACUAAUCAGUGUGUCAGUUUGGCACUUCAGUGUUACAAAUCUAGAUGAGCUCAAAGCAUCCAGGUUGUAGUUUUGUGAGCAAUUUACAAAAGGCAGUUUGGGAAUAAUAAUUCCACCAGUGACCACAUUUAUGCUUAUGAAUAAUUUGUUUUUGUUUUUUUUUUUAUUGCAAAACCAAAAUGUUUUAUAAUCACAUUUAUUCAGUGAGUUUUAUUGUGUUUUUUGGGAAAAUGAAGGGUAGUUUUGUUUCUUCUUUAUUUGAACAGCUUGUUUUGCUGGUGUAUUUCAAGUUACAAAUGGAAGGAAUGUUAAUGCUGUCAAAAACAAGGGAGAUCGCACCUUAAAUGGCUGACAAUGGAGAAUUGUGUCCUUAAUAUCUGCAACAAUAUCCUCACUUUUUAAUCCUAUCAAUUUUUAUAUUUUUUACUGUCCAUUUUUCCAUCUUCUUUCUUUGAUAUGUCAACAUUGUAACUGUACAUGAUUACAUUUGUAGCCUAUAUUUACCCUCUCCUGUGUAGUGUAUGAUUCUGACAGGUCAGUUGGAUUUGUCCGAGAUGUGACUGUGAGCAUGUGUGUAUGUAAACGCAUGCCAUUAAGUUCAGUAAACCAUAUUACCGUUCA